CACCGCGCCUCGUGGCGGCGCGUCUCUGUGCGGGCCGGGCAGGGUCGGAGCCGGAGCCAUGGCGAAGCCGCGCUUCAAGGGCCGCGCCAGCGUCAACCCGUCGGCGGCCAGCACCAACCCCGAUCGGCCAGCUGGUGCUGGAGGCCACAACAUGCGGGACAGGGCAACUAUUCGCCGCCUCAACAUGUACCGGCAGAAGGAACGCAGGAACAAGCACGGGAAACUGGUCCGGCCGCUGCAGUUCCAGUCCAUGGUGGCACCAGGCACAGUGGCCAGAGUGGAGCCCAACAUUAAAUGGUUUGGAAACACACGUGUGAUCAAGCAGUCAUCCCUCCAGGUGUUCCAAGAAGAGAUGAAGACAGUGAUGAAUGACCCCUACAGAGUGGUCAUGAAACAGGCCAAGCUGCCCCUGUCUCUUCUUCAUGACCGGAUUAAGCCUCAUAAUUCCAAAGUCCACAUUCUUGACACAGAAACAUUUGAAACAACAUUUGGCCCCAAGUCACAAAGGAAGCGACCGAAUCUCGUGGUGAGUGAUGUGCAGUCUCUAGUAGAAAAUGCCGUCGUUGAAGCCAGCAACUACAGCCGAGACAAGGACCGGGACCUGGUAACAGAAGAUACUGGAGUGAGGGAAGAGGUGCGAGAAGAAAUCUACAAGAAGGGGCAGUCCAAGCGUAUCUGGGGAGAACUUUACAAGGUGAUUGAUUCAUCAGAUGUCGUUGUGCAAGUGCUGGAUGCCAGGGACCCCGUUGGGACUCGUUCUCCACAUGUAGAGGCCUAUCUGAAGAAGGAGAAGCCCUGGAAGCAUCUCAUUUUUGUCUUGAACAAAUGUGAUCUUGUGCCCACGUGGGCCACGAAACGUUGGGUUGCCGUCCUCUCCCAGGAUUAUCCAACCUUAGCCUUUCAUGCCAGCCUCACAAACCCCUUUGGAAAAGGAGCUUUCAUCCAACUAUUGAGGCAGUUUGGAAAGCUACACAUGGACAAGAAGCAAAUUAGCGUGGGCUUCAUUGGCUACCCCAAUGUGGGAAAGAGUUCUGUGAUCAACACACUCCGCUCCAAGAAGGUCUGCAGUGUGGCACCCAUUGCAGGCGAAACCAAGGUGUGGCAGUACAUCACCUUGAUGCGCCGCAUAUUCCUCAUUGACUGCCCAGGAGUGGUCUACCCCUCAGGAGACACUGAAACAGACAUUGUACUGAAGGGAGUGGUGCAAGUAGAAAAAAUCAAGAGUCCAGAAGACCACAUUGCUGCCGUGCUGGAGAGGGCUAAGCCAGAAUACAUCCGCAAGACAUACAAAAUAGACUUCUGGGAGAAUGCAGAGGACUUCCUCGAGAAGCUGGCCUUGCAGACUGGGAAGCUACUGAAGGGAGGAGAGCCUGACGCGCAGACAGCCAGUAGGAUGGUGCUGAAUGACUGGCAGAGGGGCCGUAUCCCCUUCUUUGUAAAGCCCCCAGCUAUGGAACAGGGUGCACAGCUCACAGCAGCUGUCCCAGAAGGACCCGCAGCUACCAGUGAGAGUGAGAGCACUGAGAAUAUUCAGUCAGCAGAGGUGCUUGUCAGCGAGGCCAGGAAUGAUGACUGCCCCGACUCGGCGGCAACACAAUGGCCCUUGUCCCAUGUACGGCAGAACUUUGGGAAGAUCAGUGUGGCCCCUCAGUUCUUGCAAGAAGACCUGGUUCCUGUAGAUGCAUCAGAUGUGGAAGAGACUGACAGUGAUCUGGAGGAGGAUGGGGAGGAGAAAGGAAAUGAGGAGCACUGCCCGCAUGGACCAGCAGCCAGCAAGGCAGGCACAGAGCAAGACACAAGCACAGUGCUGAAAUCCCUGGAUGAGAAGAUUGCUAAAUACAAGAAAUUCUUGGCCCAGGCCAAAGCCAAGAGGUUCUCAGCAAUAAGAAUUCCCAAAAAGCUGACUGAGAAAGUAUUUGCAAAAUCACCAAUGGAUUCUGUGGCUGUGGCAGCUGAUGAGACUAGAGAGCUCUGUUACAACACAGGGAAUCAGAAGAAAGUUGGGAAAAGGAAAGUAGAGGAGGAUCAGGACCUGGACACCAGUGCAGCUAAGAAGCCUUGGACAACGCAGAGUUCAAAGGAGAGAAGAAGAGCAGAGCGGCAGCAACAUUCAAAGAAAGUUGGUGUCCGAUACUAUGACACACAUAACGUCAAGAAUAAAAAUAGGAACAAGAAGAAACACAAUACAGGGAGACAGAGACCAAAAACUAAGAUAAAUAAACAUAAGCAGUAGUUUC